AUGAAAGAACAGAAACACUGUGGAGGCUGUGGUUCCUGUGGGGGCUGCAAGGGAGGCUGUGGCUCCUGUGGGGGAUGUGGCUCCUGUGGAGGCUGCAAGGGAGGCUGUUGUCAAUCCAGCUGCUGCAAGCCCUGCUGCUGCCAGUCCAGCUGCUGCAAGCCCUGCUGCUGCCAGUCCAGCUGCUGCAAGCCCUGCUGCUCCUCAGGCUGUGGGUCUUCCUGCUGUCAGUCCAGCUGCUGUAAGCCCUGCUGCUGUCAGUCCAGCUGCUGCAAGCCCUGCUGCUGUCAGUCCAGCUGCUGCAAGCCCUGCUGCUGCCAGUCCAGCUGCUGCAAGCCCUGCUGCUGCCAGUCCAGCUGCUGCAAACCCUGCUGCUCUUCAGGCUGUGGGUCUUCCUGCUGUCAGUCCAGCUGCUGCAAGCCCUGCUGCUGCCAGUCCAGCUGCUGUGCUCCUGUGUGCUGCCAGUGCAAGAUCUGA